UGGGCGUCCCGUGAAAGAUGUUGUGGGCGUUCCGUGAUGACGUAGUAGCUACUGUAUCUAUCGCGUGCUGCAGUUCCUCUCUGUUUGCAAUUGUGAGACCCUCGUGCUCAGACUUCUUUACGGCCAGAAGACCAAGCAGAGGUGCGGAAGGGCUUUCCCAUUUCACAUGGCCAUACACUGAGGUGUCUAAUGGCCUCCAGCUCAGGGCUGUCCAUCUGAGAAGAGAAUCUGAGAAGAGAAGACACUUAAAGAGAGAGAAGAGUUUCCCACAGAGCAUGGCCUCUGCCAAAGAAGAUGGCGUGGAUGAAAGAACAGUGGACAUUAAAGAAGAGGACUGUGAGCGGCUCACACCAGAGGAUGUGUGUGUGAAGCUGGAGGAUCACGAAGAAAGAAUUUCAGUUUUUAAAGAGGAGGAGGAGGGCAAGAGGGUGACUGCUGCCAUUAAAGCUGAGGAUUUGAAUGAUUUCUCAGGUGUUCUUGAACUUCAAAAGCAUGAAACUGAGGAUAUUUUCAAGCAAGAGGCCUGUGAAGAAUCUCCAUCCAGUUUACAGCCCUGGUCCACUAAUAUGGGACAACUGGCUACACAGGAGAAUUCUGCAGAGCUGAAAUCAGAGUUAUCAGAGUCUGAAGAGAAAAUCACUGAGGGAAAUGGGAGAGAAGGAGAAGAGUCACCUGGGAGUGUUGGAAUAAAUUUUCAGAAGAAUGGCAGCUUCUCUCCACCUUCAUUUGGUCAGCCCUCUCUUCAAUACAAUGAGAAAGGUAUGAAGAAAUCAGCAAGAGGAUCAGAGAACCUGACAGUAGUCUUUUUGCAGUGCAGUUCUCUCCCUACUGCAGGAGUAACACAGACAGAAACUCCCAAAACUGAUCGACAGCAAGUGGAGAAAGAAGUCCAAAUUCAUACUGGAAAAAAAUGUUUGGAAAUUGGCAAACAAUUCACACACAAAAGUGAUCUUAGUAAGCAUAUGAAGGUUCACACAGGAGAAAAAACAUGUUGUUGUCAUGAAUGUGGUAAGUCGUUCUCUAGGAGAAGCAGUCUUCAGAGACACAGAAGAUGCCACACAGGAGAAAAACCUCAUUGUUGUUCAGAAUGUGGUAAGUCAUUCUCACAUAUAAGCAACCUUCAGGUGCACAGAAGAAUCCACAAAGGAGAAAAACCUCAUUGCUGUUCAGAGUGUGGUAAGUCGUUCUCAAGGAGAGGCCAUCUUCAGAGGCACAGAAGAAGCCACACAGGAGAAAAACCUCAUUGCUGUUCAGAAUGUGGUAAGUCAUUCUCACUGAGAAGCAAUCUUCAGACACACAGAAGAAUCCACACAGGAGAAAAACCUCAUUGGUGUUCAGAGUGUGGUAAGUCGUUCUCAAUGAAAAGCCAUCUUCAGACGCACAGAAGAAUCCACACAAGAGAAAAAACUCAUUGCUGUCCAGAAUGUGGUAAAUCGUUCUCAAGGAGAAGCCAUCUUCAGUUACACAGAAGAAGCCACACAGGAGAAAAACCUUAUUGCUGUUCAGAGUGUGGUAUGUCAUUCUCACAUCUAUGCUAUCUUCAGAGGCACAGAAGAAUCCACACAGGAGAAAAACCUUAUUGCUGUUCAGAGUGUGGUAAGUCUUUCUCAAGGAGAAGCAAUCUUCAGAGGCACAGAAGAAUCCACACAGGAGAAAAACCUCAUUGCUGUUCAGAGUGUGGUAAGUCGUUCUCAAUGAGAAGCCAUCUUCAGACGCACAGAAGAAUCCACACAGGAGAAAAACCUCAUUGCUGUUCAGAGUGUGGUAAGUCGUUCUCACUGAGAAGCAAUCUUCAGAGGCACAGAACAAUCCACACAGGAGAAAAACCUCAUUGCUGUUCAGAGUGUGGUAAGUUGUUCUCAAUGAGAAGCCAUCUUCAGACGCACAGAAGAAUUCACACAGGAGAAAAACCUCAUUGCUGUUCAGAGUGUGGUAAAUCUUUCUUAAGGAGAAGCAAUCUUCAGAGGCACAGAAGAAUCCACACAGGAGAAAAACCUCAUUGCUGUUCAGAGUGUGGUAAGUCGUUCUCACUGAGAAGCAAUCUUCAGAGGCACAGAAGAAUCCACACAUAAGUAAAACCUCAUUGUUGUCCUAAAUGUGCCAAACAAUUUUCUGACAAACUCAGUUUUCAAAGGCACACAGAAAUUGAUAUUGGACAGAAGCCAUAUUGCUGUUCUCAAUGUGGAAAAAGGUUUUUCAACAGUAGGUGUUUUCACACUGAAGCGAAAAUGCAGUAUGUCUGUUCUGAAUGUGGCAAAUGUUAUGCAUACAAGAAAAGGCUUCAUAGACACACCAAAAAUCCAUACUGGAAAAAAAAUAUUUUUGCUGUUCUGAAUGGGGGAAUGAUUCUUAGGUUUAAGCGUACUUCAGUCCCACAUCUGAACUCACACUUGCAAGAAACCUUAUUGUUGUCCUGAAUGUGAGAGUCACCUCGGAGAGAAACCUCACCAUUACUUGGAAUGUGGCAAACAAUUCUCACGCCUCAAAUCUCUGUAUAAUCAUAAGAGAAGUUAUACUGGACAGAAGCCUUACAGUUAUAUGAGAAUCACAUUCCAUAUUCAGUACAACAGUUCUCUUCACCAUCAUAAAAUAAUUCAUUCUGGUAAGAAACAACACUGCUCUUACUGUUGCAGACUUUUCUGAGACAGCAUGACUCUUAAAGAUCAUGUGAGAAUUCACAAUGGAGAGAAACCCUAUUGCUGUCCAGAGUGUGGCAAAUGAUUCUCACAUCAAAGCGCACUUAGGUGCCACAGAAGGAUCCACACUGGAGAGAAGCAGUACACCUGUUCUGAAUGUGGUAAAGGGUACUCUUCCAGAAGAGGUUUUCAGAGACACACACAGUCAUAUUGGAGUAAAGCCUGUCCCAGACAUGACAAAUGAUCUUUCCAUUGGCUUCUCAACGAAAACAAUUGAAGAAAAAUCUUCUGAAUGCUUUAAAGGACUCCAGGUGAAAGUAGCAAAUAAGUACAUAAGAAUAGUGGAGAAAACACUGAAAGUGUGAAACAGAUCGUAGAUAUAAGGUAACCUCAGAGCCACAUGUGAACUCACACUGGAAUACAACACAUAUUUCACAAACAGCAAGAAUCUUCUUCAACAACUUAUAGGUGCAAGAAAAAAAACUCAUUGUUGUCCUAAAUGUGGUUAACGCUUUUCAGACAGCAGUGGUCUUCAUUGUCAUGACUGUCUUACUUGUGGUAAGCAUCUUAGCUGUUCUGAAUGUUGAAAGUGGUCCUCCUGUAUCAGCCGUCAUCAGCAACAUGUAAGAUUUCAUGAAGGACUCAGAAACUGUACUGCCAGGAUGUCAGCCAUACAGGGACUGAUCAUCUCUGCACCAGUGCUGUGACAUAAGAUGGUGAACAAUACAAACACCAGACAACAGAAUGAGGUAGCAACAGUACUGUGCGGUGAUAACAACUUCAGCCACAGAACACAACUGAAAAAGUUCAAU